AUGACCUCCAUCGUCCAAUACCUUACCAACAGCACCUUACCAAAGGAUCCAGUUUCGGCUAAGAAAAUAAGGAUACAUGCAACUAAAUACCUCCUCCUCGGCAAAGACUUGUACAGGAGAGGGAUCUCAACACCCAUGCUUAAAUGUCUUGACGACGAUCAAGCUAGCUAUGUCAUGAGGGAGAUUCACGAAGGUAUCUAUGGUACCCAUUCGAGUGGACGAACCAUGGCAGCAAAAAUACUCAGAGUUGGGUACUAUUGGCCAACACUUGCUCAAGAUUGCCAUGUGUUUAUAAAGAAAUGCAUUCCCUGUCAACAACAUGGUCCUCACCUACACCAACAUGCCGAUACCCUCCGCCUUAUUAGCUCUCUUUGGCCCUUUGCUAUUUGGGGUAUGGUCCUCCUCGACCCUUUCCCUUUAGCAAAAGGGCAGUGUCUUCACAUCAAGCACAAGGUUACGUCUGUUGAACACCCUCAGACUAAUGGCCAGGCUGAGGCUGUAAACAAAGUGAUCUUACAUGAAUUAAAAAGAAGAUUGAGUUCGGCAAAGGGAGAAUGGGCAGAGAAACUGCCCGAGAUAUUAUGGGCUUAUCGGUGUACACCAUGA